UGAUUUGGUCUUUAGUACAGUCAAUUCAACUAUAAAAAACAGACCACUGUCGCACAAGUUGUGUCUAUAAUUCUAUAACAUUACUCUAAUUAAGUAUGCUUCUUAUACUGUAUUUAUAUUAAAAUAAUAAAUUAUUAUAUUUACAUACAACGCUCGCAAAAAUCAAAAAUUUUAAUUAAUACUAAAAAUCAAUGAAAAUGAAUUCAUCGUGCAAUAAAGUAAAAAUCACGGUGGCAGUCGUACCAUCAUUAUCUUUUCUUGGUGACAGAAAUGUUUGACAGCUAUUGUAAUAGGUGCAUCUUCGUUGAUCCUUGAUAUAGAACGGUCGGGUUUUUAGCGGAAAGGUAAAUAUCGCUAUGGAAUUAUCGUCAAAAGAAUUCUCCUUAAAGUGGGAUAAUUAUGCUGAAACGAUAACUUCUGGUCUGCUCUCCCACUUAAAUGAGAAUAAUUUAGUCGAUGUAACACUUGCUGUAGAUGGACAUUUAAUUACAGCCCACAAGUUAGUUCUCUCAGUAUGCAGCCCAUAUUUCAAGAACAUAUUUAAGACAAAUCCUUGCCAACAUCCAGUGAUAAUACUCAAAGAUAUAAAACAAAUGGAGAUUGAGGCUCUGCUGAAGUUUAUGUAUCAAGGAGAAGUGAAUGUAAAGCGAGAGGACCUACCCACAUUCUUGAAAACGGCACAGAUAUUCCAGAUAAAAGGCUUGGAGGAUCAUGAAGGACAAAUCAUUCCAAUGAUAAAUAAUUACGUCAAUGCAUCGCAUACACAGUGUAAUGCCGAGAAUAUUAGCACAUUGUCAGACACUAAUAGUGAACAGAGAAGUAAGAGGAAACUGUCAGAUGGAUCAGCUUCUUCUCAGAAAAUAAAUAAGAAAAACACGAGAAAAAGAAAGAAAUAUUCGUCUGAAAAUGAAAAUAACUUGGUCAAGCAACCAAAGGAUAAUGUAAAUAUUAAUAGUAACGACGAUAUCUAUCUCUUAUCAGAUGAUAGUGAAAAAGACGCGAAUGAUCCUGAAAGUGAGAAUAGUAAAUAUGAGAUUGAGAACAAUGAUUCUAAUAAUGGUGAUCAAGAAAUGUUUGCAUUAACUAAUCAAUCGAAUUCGAAUAAUUUGAUGCAAUCAGAGGAAGUACCAGUGACGUAUCGAUUGUCAGCCAGAGGUAGGCCACAGUUGGUACACGCAGGAUACGUAUACAAUAUGACAUCACGUUCCGAAGGGCUGAAUAGGUUACACUAUCGUUGUGCGGAACAACAUCGCGGUUGCCGGGGUAAAUGCGCGGUGAUCUCGGAGACGUUUAUGCCCACAGGAGUGGAUGAUCACAAUCACCCACCAGCUUACGAAUCGGAGUACGAUUACCGGAAGAAAAAAGGUCUAGAUACCGACAACGUGUAGAAGAAAACACUGUUGUACGACUGGAUAAAACAAACUGCCGAUAGAAGCAUACCUAAAUAACCAAACCUGUACGAGCAGAUUUUGCGCAGUCUCUGUUAGCAGUGUCUGUGACAGAAAGGCAACAGAUUGCACACAGUAUCUGUUUAUCAGACUCUGAUGGCAGAGUGAAGAUAGAUUGCUCGCAGAGUUUGUUGACAGACUCUAACGACAGCAGGAUCUGCGCGCAUUCUGUCGCCAAUUUGUCGUUAGAGCCUGUCAACAAACUCUCCACAAUCUAACAGCAGAUCGGGGACACAGAUGUUCAUGGAUCUGUCGAUAGAUUCUACUUGAAUCUAUCAUCAAUCUGACGUCAGUCUGCGCACAGAUUACUUACUAGGAUAUAAACGCAAAAGUCAAAAUAUAAAACCACAAGAAAAAAGCUGGAAGUACAAAAGUUGGCCUAAGGGGAAUACUUGUGGCAAACUGUACAAAAGCAUUCCGUGACCAAUGUAUAGAGAAUAUAAGUUUAAUGAUUAAUAUAAAUACCAUACAUGUAAUACCGUGUAUACAAUGUUGUUGACCGGAACGAUGUGACGUCACCGAUAACACAUUUGUUCCAAUUAAGCAUUCCUAAAGAAAAUGAUUGUGACCUACAAUAUAUCAUAGAUUUAAAUGCAACUGUGAUUCCUAAACUUCCAGAAUUUAAUAAGUAUAGUACUUAUUUAUACGACAUUACCGAAUGGCAAUAGCAUUGAUUCAGUCAAUAGAUCACAACCUGAUAUCAGUUGAGUAGACUUGUGUUAUAAGAAAAACGAUUAAACUCUCAAAUAUAUAACAUUCGCGGAUAUUAUCAACACAACAUAUAAUUUUCGACCUUUCCACAUCUCCGAGAACACGCGCUUCGAUAUUUCAUGUAUCUCUUCGUUUUCAUGAAGGCACCUGUUCACCAUUUUGUUACACUACUUUUUACGCACAGUGGAAAAUUUUUAGAAAACGGAAUUGUUAUUUUUACAAAUAACUAUUACAAAAGACUAUUAGCAACAACGAAUAAGGUCGGAACAAUCUAUCGCAAAUUAAUCGCUUGGAAUGCCUGAGCAAAGAUAAGAUCCUUUCUCCUAAUUUGUGUACCCUUCAGCCAUUAAAAAACACACUUUCUCUGCAUUCCUCUUCAUGGCACGUGAACCCCCAUCUAUUUUUAUAUUAAUUACUAUCAUAAAUGAAAUUAUCGUAACUCUCGAUAUGGGUAUAUUGGGUAUAUUUUAUAAAAAAGAGAGCUACCUGUAUUGCGACCUCUUUCUGUUUCCAAUACUUCCUUAGCUUAUUUCCCCAUUCCCUGAUUAAAACAAUUGUCACUGACAAUUUACAGUUUCUGUACUGCAUUGUGACGCUCAGGAACUUCACUAAUGUCGUCUCGCCAUUUUUUUCUCCAACUUGCGCUGCUUCUUCUCGCUCAUCUCAGGUGCUUCUUGUGGCUCAGCAAAGAACCAUGGAGACAAGACUUGUUUCCAAAGCAUCCAGCCUCCUCUCAAUGGUGCCUAUAUGUAAUUUCCAGUAUAUGUCAAAGAAACUUUUAUUUAUAAUGUAUGUAAUGUAUUCUAUUUGAAUUUGUAAGUUCUUUAUCAUGUUGAAUAAAUCAACUAACAAAAUAAAAA